UUACUCGCCUACAUACUCUGGCAUAGUUCUCUCACGCGCUGGCCAACUCUUCGUUGAACCCAGCUUGUCUCGUCGUGUUGUGUCUAUUUUGAUAAGGUCUACGAAAAAUGGUGCGCAACGCAAACAAGCCGCAGAUGCAGCUGAAAAUCCCUGAUAUUCCAAAGUUUCCCCUCUCGUCGCCGAUUACAGAGGAGAUCGUCACUCCCACUUCAUCAUCCUCGGAAGACAGAGAGAUGGAAAAGAAUCGGCCGUUCGAAUAUCUCUCCAAGAUGUCUAAUCGUAACCAAAUAGGUUACAAGCCGGGUGCGGGCCGAAUAUCCAUCCCCUACACCUCAGAAAAGAGCGAGAAUAGUUCGAAUCCUUACUCUAGACGAAAGAACACAGAGCGCCCGGUAGGGCUGAAUCUUGUCACUGAUCUUUCUCAGUCAGCUUCCAACCCACGAACGGAAGUGAUGGCAGCUCCGUUCGUGGAUUUGAAUGACCUCAAGGUUCUGUCUCGAGCGCGGGAAGAAGAGAGGUCGGUACAACAAGGGAUCAAGGGUAUCUUGAAGAAAGGAAAUAGGGAUGGCUUCCACAGGCUGCCUGAUGAUUCUUCAGAGCCAGGAGAGCAAAGGAGAACCUCGUGGAUUAAUGCCAUUUCUAAGAGUCCGAAAAGGAAACUCAAGGAUGAUUUGUCUCCGUCUGACAGGCCCAUUAUCAUCGGAAUUACCAUGCCAUUCGAUGACUCCCCACAAUCCCAGGAUGCAAAAUCAAAGGAGCUUGACAGUGCUGGUACACAGCAAACUCCUCUUACACCCUCUAUCAUUGUGACCCCGGCCAAGGAAGACACCUUUUGGCCUGGUCUGCUGGCCCUGGAAAACGCACGCCCCAGAGCAGCAUCAAGUGUUUACUCCCAACCAACACCAUAUCUUGGAGCAGAUCAGCCCGAUAUACCUCCAGUGCCUGCUCUUCCAGCGUUCUGCUCUACCACCAGCAAUGAAGGUAAAAGUCCAGAUAUUCAAGGGCUGUCGGUGGAUUCAGUACGAAAGCGACGUUCGUAUUCCACGGGUGCCGUGGACAAGAAAGAGGAGGAUCGCCAAUCAAUAGGGCGAUCUCGCUCCUACUCCAAUGAGAAUAUCAAUCAAUCUUCUGACAGGCUAAGUGUCAACACACAGAUGAAUAGGCACGCCUCCCAUGGGUGGUGGAAUUAUCUUCUAUCGCCUUUGUUGGGUCGUACCAGUACGAUACUCAGUCGGAACACACGUGCUGAGACCCCUAGGCCCCCAGUACCUACCAUUGCUACCCAGUCUACCAGUUUAACGGACGAUUGGUGGGAGGGAAAGGAAGUAUCUUAUUUCUCGCCAGAUACGCCUGACGCAACAGAAGCACGACGCAGUAUGAUCCCCAGCUGGCAGCCUACCGACGGGAAUCCCUUCGCCGACUUCGAUUGGAGCAUAGAAGACAACCCGAAAAGCUCCCGAGAUCCCGGAACACUCUCGUUUAUGUCAACAGAUCAGAGGGUUCAGGGCACUGCCGCCGAAUACUAUCAAGCAUGUGCCCAUGAGCUCUUCAGUGGACGACCUUAUUUUGAAUGCGUCAAUCACGUCUGUUCAAUCACCCCGAAGGACAAGGUACCGGCAUUGAUUACGACUUCCUCGGCAGACGAUGCUGCUCAGGGAGAGAGGAAUCUCUUAAUAGACGUUGAUGACAUGCCUCGUACUGGAAGCCCUGGCAAUCCCGGCAAUCCUUGCACAUCCAGGUCUUCUGUUACAUCGAUUAAUUCGGGUUCUCCCGAUGAGCCAAACCUGACAACCCGAGCGUUGAGCGAAUCUUCCAGCAGCCCUCGGCAUAUAGAGGCACCUAUAAUGAAAACACCCGAAAGCCCAAAAGCCAAUUCCCACAUUCCCGAUUCCCAUGGAAGUGCGAGAGCUCCAGCUCCGCCUUCGGAGGAUCGAAGUGAAAACCAGCCAACGUAUCCUUCUUUUAGACAACCAAGGGAGGUUCCAGAGCCACCUUCAGAGCCGCCUUCAGGGGAUCGAAGUGAAAACAAGUCAUCUUAUCCCUCUUUUAGGCAACUGAGAGAGGCUCCAGCGCCAUUUUCAGAAGAUCGAAGUGAAAAUCCGUCAACUUAUCUCUCUUUUAGACAACCAAGAGAGGUUCCAGCACUACCAGAGGAUCGAAGUGAAGACCAGUCAACUUAUCCUUCUUUUAGACAACCAAGAGAGGUUCCAGAGCCACCUUCAGAGCCGCCUUCGGGGGAUCGAAGUGAAAACCAGUCAACUUAUCCUUCUUUUAGACGACCGAGAGAGGCUCCAGCGCCACCUUCAGAGCCGCCUUCAGAGGAUCGAAGUGAAAACCAGUCAACUUAUCCUUCUUUUAGACAACCAAGAGAGGUUCCAGAGCCACCUUCAGAGCUGCCUUCGGGGGAUCAAAGUGAAAACCAGUCAACUUAUCCUUCUUUUAGACGACCGAGAGAGGCUCCAGCGCCACCUUCAGAGCCGCCUUCAGAGAAUCGAAGUAAAAACCAGUCAACUUAUCCCUUGUCAUCUUAUCCCUCUUUUAGACAACCAAGAGAGAUUCCAGAGCCACCUUCAGAGCCGCCUUCAGGGGAUCGAAGUGAAAACAAGUCAUCUUAUCCCUCUUUUAGGCAACUGAGAGAGGCUCCAGCGCCAUUUUCAGAAGAUCGAAGUGAAAAUCCGUCAACUUAUCUCUCUUUUAGACGACCAAGAGAGACUCCAGCUCCGAUUGCGAACGUUUAUGUCCCACUACCCUCUGCCUAUCCCACCGCGAAUAUCUACACAGAACCUGGCCCUUCACCCCCUCCUGCAAAUACUGACGUUCAACGUCCUCAACCUGCCGUGGCUCCGGCUCCGAUUGCAAUAUCUUCUCCAGAGCAAGCACCUCCACCAAGCUACGGAGUACAGCCACAUCCCCCUUACUCUGCUUCACCGCGAAGCCUACAAGAAGCCACUGAAAGAGUCGGGUCGAUACCAAUGUCCCAGAUGCCAGCUGGUCCCGCGCCAGCGUAUACCCCUCAUGGCAAUUGUUCAGCAGCCUUGCCUCCCCGCGUAAUGGCUGUCCCCAUCACGAGAGAUAUAAGGACGCACUCUGUUACCGAAACAGAUAGGAUCGAAAAUCGACGAAGGGUUGAAAGGGAGGACACAGAGGGCGGGAAAUCCAGGGGAGUACGGCGAGGAAGGGGUUGUUUUAUCAAAAAGGGCUGUUUUGGAAAGCUAGGCAAAAAGGGAAAACUGAAGCGUCGAUGGUACUUUGCCAUCUUUAUAUUACUCCUGCUCUCCCUGUUGGGUUCCAUUCUUCCUGCUGUUCUCCUGACAAGAAGCGGGGACAAUACGCCUGUUCAAUCGCAGUGGUUGAAUCUAACCGGAUAUCCACCAAUGCCUACUGGUAUCUCAACAAUCGCUGGAACCGAAGCUCAGGUACAGCAAUCGGGAUGUAUUAAUCCUUCGAGUCUCUGGAGCUGUGCCUUGCCUAAGGAGGAACAAGCUGCCAAUGCGCCUUACGCUGGCAACCAACCUAACUUUCGAGUAGAAAUCCGGUUCAAGAACGGGACCUACGAUCACAGCACAGCUGUUGUAUCACGAUCCUUAGAGGUUCUAGCUUCAAGAAGUACAGACGAAUUGUUCAACCCUAGCCCGAGUCCUCCCAGUGUAGCAGAGCAAACGUUCCUGGGAAAUGCGACGGACGGCAACUCGGUCCCUUACGCAGGAGAAGAAACGCCUUUUUACAUAACGAUCAUCUCUCCCGUGUCCUCGGGUCGACUGUCACGAAGAUCCAGCAGCAACCCCUUCCCCGAUAUUGCAUCCCUCAUCCCCUCACCUUCAACGAACUUGGACGGAACCGCUGCGGCAGCAACCCUGUACCCACUUCCCUCUUCCCAGCCCGUCCGACUUUACAACCGCGGAGAGGACAACGAACACUACGGGUUCUAUAACUACUUCGACAAAUCCAUCUUCCUCUCUUCGACCACGCCUCUCACAGGCCACCAAGACACCACAGCAAACGACACCGACGGCGGCUCCACCGAAGCGGACGCCCGUGUCCGAUGCACCUGGGCGCAAACUCGGUUCCUUGUCCAAAUCUGGACAAAACCCGACAAAGUCGGAAAACAGCUGCUUCCUGCGCCCUCCACCACAUCCUCCGCCCGCGCAACAUCCACAUCUACCACGCAGGCGACCAGCUCCUCCUCCGCUACGGACUUUACCCGCCCCGGUUCAUUUCCCUAUCCCGUGACCAUCACUCUAGACAGACAUGGAGGAACUGCGUCCAAGAAGAUGGUGUACUGCUACGGCAUGGAAUCGGACCAGCACAUCAAUAGCACGGAGAAGAAAUUCCAGAUCGAAAAUCGGGGGUUCGACGGGACGCUGAUUAAUCCUGCGCCGGGGAUAUUUAAUCUAAGCUCGUGGGAGUCAUUGUCGAGCGAGAGUUCAGAUUCCGGCGGGUACGAUGGUGGCCGGGGGGGGUGUGCUUGCGAGUGGGUGAAUUGGAUUUCGGCAGUCUGAUCUGAGAUGUGUCCAUUAUAAUACAUAACUAGUCAUAUGUCAUGUAUAAUGAAUGAAUUCUUGA